AGUGCGGACUGCCCACCCCACCCCAGCCAGGCCACUCCGCCGUUUCUUCCUCCCGAAACUUUCUUUCCCCUUCCCCAAUCCUCCCAACCCCCAGAGCUCGGCGGCGACGGCGCGGGCGAGUCGAGCGCGCCGCCAUGAAGGUCUCCAUCAAGACGCUCAAGGGCUCCAGCUUCGAGAUCGAGGUGGACCCCUCCAUAAAGGUUGCUGAUGUUAAAAAGCUCAUUGAGACUACACAAGGGCAGAAUGUCUACCCAGCUGAUCAACAGAUGCUUAUUCAUCAAGGGAAUGUUCUAAAAAAUGAGACGACACUUGAAGAGAACAAAGUUCUGGAGAACAAUUUCAUUGUUAUAAUGUUGUCCAAGAAGGGAUCAUCAAGUGCUGCUUCAGCUACUGCUAAGGCUCCCACAAGUCAGGCCUCAGUUGAUAGGGCGAUUCCUGCCUCUCCUGCAACUCAACCACCAGCAGCAGCACCAGCACCUGUUGCGCCUGUUAGUGCACCUGCCCCAACUGCAGCAGCUGGUCCAGCUCCCACUGUUGCGGCAAUUGCGCCUGUUAGUGCACCUGCCCCAACUGCAGCAGCUGGUCCAGCUCCCACUGUUGCGGCAAUCACUGAAGCGGAUCCUUAUGGUCAAGCUGUGUCAAACCUUGUUGCUGGUGGCAAUCUAGAAGCAACUAUACAUUCUAUUCUUGAAAUGGGCGGAGGUGCAUGGGACCGUGACACCGUUGUGCGGGCUCUUCGGGCUGCAUAUAACAACCCAGAGCGUGCUGUUGAAUAUUUAUAUUCUGGGAUUCCUGAGCCGGAAGAGGCCCCUGCUGCUGCUGCUGCUGCACCAGCUCCUGCAAGCGGCCAACCGGUUGAUCCAGUUCAGGCUCCACAAUCAGCGCAACCUGCAAUUCCAUCUUCUGGACCCAAUGCUAAUCCCUUGGACCUGUUUCCUCAGGCCCUGCCGAAUGCUGCUUCAAAUGCUGCUGGUGGUGAAAAUCUCGAUGUUCUGCGAAAUAAUACACAGUUCAGAGGUUUGCUUUCCUUGGUGCAGGCUAACCCUCAAAUUUUGCAGCCUUUGCUUCAAGAACUAGGGAAACAAAAUCCACAUAUUAUGCAGCUGAUUCAGGAAAACCAAGCCGAGUUUCUGCGUUUGAUCAAUGAACCCGCAGAGGGAGCUGAAGGGAGUUUGCUAGAUCAGUUUGCUGAUGCUGAAAUGCCUCAAACAAUAGCAGUGACACCCGAGGAGAAUGAAGCUAUACAGCGGCUUGAACAAAUGGGCUUUGACCGCGAUCUGGUUCUAGAGGUUUUCUUUGCCUGCAACAAGGAUGAACAGAUGGCUGCCAACUAUCUGUUGGACCAUAUGAAUGACUUUGACGAAGCUCAGCAAUAGGGUGUCAGAUGGCUUGAAGUACAUGGCUGAUGAUGCGACUUAAUUCAGAAUGCAGCAUCAGUGUUUUGAAGGCUGAUUACCCCAAUUUAGGGUGUCGUGAAGAGCUAUUUUGAGUUUCUCAAUCAUCCUUUUUUUUUUUCCUGUUUGGGAUUCAUGUUAAGUGCGAGAUCUAGCUAGGUGUUACAGUGUCGACGGGAUGGUUGGUUAACUGGAUCUAAUGUUAUAGGUUAAGAAUCGAGCGUGUUCUGCUCUUGUUUGUCA